CCUCCCCCCCUUCAUCACGCAUCAACUUCGAUUCCGAUGAUUCCCCAAAAUGAGGGGGGGGGAUAACAAUCACUCGAGCCACUCGAGCCACGGCGGAUAUCGCGUCAAGGCUGCGAGCGAUUGGGAAAAUAUAGAUGAUCACAUCGGUUUACCAAUUCCGGAUUUCGUCUCGGUUUUCUUAUCUACGGAGUACGAACACACUGCGUGCUCGGUAUCUUAUUAUACUUUCGCCUCAAUGAACUGAAAGGAACGGGGUGGAUACAAGACGGUGAAUGGAUGGAAAAAAACACCUUCAACCAUUUCAGGUUACUUUUCGUCUAAAGGCGGCCCGAAGAGGCUGCGGGAGUUGUCGAAUCAAGCUACUGACUCGCAUGAUCUGCAACGUAAGGCGGAAGCAGUCAGGUACACGCUUGAAAAAUUUACAUCAAUUUACUCCAGAUUUGGAUGUUGGAGAAGAGAGAAGUCAAACGUGGUGACUUUGGAACAUCGUGUUGAUUACUUGCAUCAGUGAUCAAGUCCAAUCCAACUCAUACUGUUGGCACAAUUGAUAUCCUCAAGGUAUGGCAUGCAAUACCACGCACUACCCCAGAUUCAAUACCCUUGAAUUAGUCAAAACGUACAUGUUCAAUACCGAGAUCACACUGGAAAAUAAUCAAAUUAUGGCGAAUUCAUGGAGACCGUUGGUCACGUCGCCUCGCCAAAACAUAAUAGUUACUUUUUAGUGGAGUUGCAAAGCAACAGAUGGUCCACUGUCACUGAUGAAACCCCAUGUAAAAGAAUUUUACUUACGUCUUGGGAACCACCUUCCAACAUGGUCUUACCAUUCGCACUGACGUUCCCCUCAUUGAACUUACUUGAAUUCAAUAGAAAUUGAUUGCCAAUCUUUGGCUUAUCUCGGUGUCGAGCGUGUCUAGCCCCGUCCAGAAACCCUACAUAUUUUCGUCUCGUUUCCACAUCUAUAGUGUUGUUUUGCCAUCUUUCAACUCUCUUUCAACACUCAGCUACUCCUUCCUCAACUAAUAGCUUCAAUCCUUUAUUCUUGUUCCAACGCCAAUCAUUAGCAUUUGAAAUCGACAGCAACACAUCUCGACUGUUGAGAAAAGACCACAGACAAAUAUCUGCGAACGAAUCAUAAAAAUUUGCAAAUAUGGAUCCCGAAAAGGCAACUAUGAAUAAAGCCACCAAGGAUGAUAUCACAGCCGCCAACAAUGUUCGAGGUAACAUCAGGGCGGACGAUCAGUCCUCUGAUAUGAAGGUAGCAGAGGUUCUCGAUGCUUUUGGUAAUGAGGAAGGCGCAGAGGUUCAAUACAAAACCAUGACUUGGUGGCAAGGAGCAAUUGUUAUGAUUGCUGAAAAUAUCUCACUUGGUAUCCUUUCUCUACCAGCUGUUUUGGCCAAGGUUGGUCUUAUUGGUGGUCUCAUCUCGAUUCUUGCUCUCGGUGUUUUCACUACAUAUUCUGGUUACAUCUUGUGGCAAUUCAAAAUGCGAUAUCCUCAGGUUACAACCUAUGUAGACAUUGGUGGUAUCUUGAUGGGAAGCUGGGGCAGAGAAAUCGUUGGUGCUGCUUACGUCAUUUACUGCAUAUUCUGCAUGGCCUCGCAUCUUUUGACUUUUACCAUUGCCAUGAAUGUUCUCACGAACCAUGCAACUUGUACUAUUAUCUGGGGUGUUGUUGGAUUGGCUGUUUUCAGUUUCCUCUCCUUGAACAGAACUCUUAAGAAUGUCUCGUUCUUAUCCAUUGUUUCAUUCACCAGUAUUCUUUCCGCCGUCAUCCUCACUAUGGUUGCCUUGGGCGUUUCGCCAAAAGCAGCCGCCGCAGACAUGAAGGGAACUUACAGCCCAUCUUUCCCAACCGCUUUCAACAGUAUUUCCAACGUCGUUUUCGCAUAUGGUGGCCACGUUGCUUGGGUCAGCUUCAUUGCUGAACUCCGCGAUCCAAAGGAAUUCCCAAAGUCUCUCAUCCUCCUUCAAACUGUCGAUAUCAGUCUUUACUUCGUCGCUGCUCUCGUUAUUUACAGAUAUGCUGGUGAAGAUGUCGCAAGUCCAGCUCUUAACAGCAACAGUCCUAUUGUUCGCAAGGUUGCAUGGGGAAUCGCUUUACCAACAAUCAUCAUCGCAGGAGUUAUUUUUGCUCACGUCACUGUUAAAUACAUUUACAUUCGACUUUUCUCCGGAACCAAACACUUGAACAGCCGAGGAUUGGUUGCCACGGGAACUUGGGUCGCUCUUGCUUUCGGAACAUGGACCGUAGCGUGGAUUAUUGCCGAAUCCAUUCCCGUCUUUUCCGAUCUCCUCGGUUUCAUUUCUGCUCUGUUCGCUUCUUGGUUUUCUUAUGGUCUCCCUGGUAUUUGCUGGUUUUAUAUCAACUGGGGAUCAUGCAUGCAAGGGUCCAAGCAAAUCUUCUUGAGUUUCGUUAAUGUUGUCUUGAUCAUUUUAGCGUGCAUUAUGUGUUUUGCGGGUUUAUACGCUAGUGGUUAUUCUAUGAACUUGGAUACUGCUACUUCUCACGGUGCUUGGUCUUGCGCGGAUAACCAACGUUAAUUUGGUUAUCUUUGGGUUAUAUUAUAGCAUUUGCAUUGCAUUGCGUUGCGAGGUCUUAUUUAUUUUCUUGGGAAAAGCAAUUGAGAAGCGAAAAGCACAAACAAAAAGCAAAAGCAUGAUACGCAAUAGGGAAUUUCACAUUGAUGGAGGCUUUUUAUUUGUUCGUGAUAUCGAAUUCCGGUUUCUAUGAUAUGGGCAAAUUGGGUGUCUUGGGAGUACAAAUUUUGGGACGGAGAGCAUUCUCACUUGAAUGAAUGAAUGGACAGGGUCGAGGUGGAUUCGAAUGGUCGACCUUUUUUGUAUAUUAUCGGAUAAUGGUGUGAUGAGAAUUGUGGUGUGAUGAGUAAAUUACACAAACGAAUGGAGAGUUAUUCGUUUGAAUGAAUGGUCUCUUGAGCGGUGGUGAUGCGGUGGAUGGUAGUAAUUUUGUGAGGAUAUAUUAAUGUAGUACCUAGUUUCAAAAGCAGAAAAUACACUCUCUCCUCGAUGAGAUGAGAUGUGAACUACAAUCUUCUAGCUGGCGAGAACGGAAUUUCUCGCAUGUAUGUAGCAGCAGCAGCAUCUUCCCUUCUUCGUUCUCCGGAUUCGGAGACAGCGAGAGAGAGAAGAAAGCAGAAAGUAUAUCAUAACGAGAAUGAAGAUGCAACAUGUCAAUAACACAGAAA